ACUGAUCUUAAAUUGAGAAACGAAUCUUUACGCACCAACGCCAAAAAGACAAAAACCAAAUAACCUAAACCAAUUCGAUUAAUAGCCUAAUAGGUCGGUAUACAAGAAAGCGAGAAAUAGUUAUCAACAAAUAUCCUAUUUAGAAACAAAUUAUUCAAUUACAAUCCUUAACCGAACAGCACAAAUAUAUGCUUUAAACCGAGUUAUAUACCAUUGAUUGACUAACGAAUGCGGAGGAGCAUAAACAUUUAUCAAACUAUUUUAAAUAGAAAUCAAAUUCAUAACCAAUUUAUAAGCGCUGCCUAACAAGUAAAAACUUAAUCAAACUAAAAUAGCCUUAAAACGACGUAGUAAACAAUUAUACACCAAUGCAAAAGCAAACAACAAACAACUAAUGUGCAACCAAAGAACAUAAGUAUAUUUGAAAAGUAUUUAACGAAAGUAUCAACGACAACCAAACCAACAACAAAAACACGAAUGUGCCUCAAACAAAAAGCAACAACAAUCAAUUAAGCCAAAACAAACAAAUGAAAUGGGAAGUAAAUAAGCAAAAAACAAAGACUCUUGUUAAAGUUGUGCCCCCUUGCAAAGCGACCAAUUGGAUUGUCAAAACGAGCAGAAACAACCUGAUAAUUAACUAACAAAUCUCUAUGAGGAGCAACAGCACUUCCUCCAGCAGCAGCAGCAACAACAACAAAAUGGCUGUUGACCUCUCCCUGUCCACAACAACAAUUGCCAAUUGCAACAGCAACAUUAGCAGCCACAAUAACAAUAACAACAACAGUGCGAACAGCAAGGGCGGCGCAGCGGCAGCGACGGCGACGCCUUCGGCAGUGGGCCUGUGUCGCCUAGAAAGCUCAAAGUACAGCAGUUCAAAGCGCGACUACGAACGCGAUCGUUCCUCCAAUUAUCGCGAUCGCGACCUGUCGCCAGGCGCUGGCGGUGGAGGAGGCGGCGGAUCCGCUGGAGGAGGCGGCGGGGGCAGCGGCAAUGGUGGCGGACCAUUGAACAAUGGCAACAGCUACCGCUCCCAGUCGCCGGACAUUGAUUCGCCCUCGUCCCGCUCGCACGAUCUGCGCGAUCGCAGCGAUCAUCGCGGCGGCGGCGGAGGAGGCAAUGGGCGUGGCGGCAGCGGCGAGCGAUACAGCUUCAUGCAGAAGAUGCGGGACCGAGAUCGGGAUGUCUACAAGAAGGACAAAUAUUCAGACAAACGUGAUCGGCGUGGCAACGAUCGCGACUCGGAGUCUUCGUACCGCACCAACCAUGACAGGGAUCGGCGUGGCGGUGGAGGAGGCGGCGGAGGAGGCAACACCAGCGGCAAGCUAUGCUCCUCGCGGGAGAACGACAAACGCUCGGGGUCCGACGAUCGCGAUCGGGAGCGGGAUCGGGACCUGCGCGAUCUGCGCGACAAGCGGGAUCGCGGCUCCGAUCGCGACAGGGACUUGUACAAGAAGGACAAGUAUGCUGACAAACGCGAGCGCAACGAUCGCGGCGAGCGGACGGCGCGUUAUGGCGACUGGAGCGAGCAUGUCAGCUCAUCGGGAAAAAUGUAUUACUACAACUGCAAGACGGAAGUCUCUCAAUGGGAGAAACCAAAGGAAUGGGUGGACAGAGAAAGAAAUUUGCCGCGCGAUCAGCAUCGUGAAAAGGAUUAUCGCGACAAGGAUCGCGAUCGCGACCGCGACGAUCGUUUCUCCAGAUCGACAUACAAACAUUCCAAUUCUUCGCGGGACAAUUCACGACUGAGAUGGAAUUACGACAACGAUGGCGGUCCGCCCAGCCAUCGAAGGCGUUUGGAUGGUCGACACAACGACAAUGCUGAUAUGGACAUAAGCGGCGACUCUACGCCCACCUCGGAGGCCAGUUACUCGCUGAGCGGCACGCCCACCACCCACGGCGGCGGACCGGGCGGAGGCGGUCCCGGUGGCGGCGGCGGUGGUAGCACCGAUCAGCCCAUGAGCAACGCCCUGCCCCGUUUGGCCUCACACCCGAAUGCCAACUCCUCCGCUUCUGGAGCGACAGGCGCAGGUGCGGCGGUGGUUCUGCACUACGGUAGCGGAGCUACCAGUGGCGUCACAAUGCUGCCCACCAGCGGACUGUCGUCUUCGGGAAUGGUUAACAGCAACAGCAGCAACAGUGCCGGCGGCAGCAGCAACAAUGCAAGCAGCAGCAGCCUGAGGAACUCUGUUGUCGGCCACAUCGGCUCCACAUCCGGCACGACUGUGCCCACACUGGGGAGUCAGGAUCCGCACCAGCACCAUCUGAAUUCGAAUGCUCCACUGCCACCGGGUGCCAAGGGCAAGGAUCAGGCGAUGCUAAUGCGCCAGAAAAUGCACCUGGGCCUGGGCGUCCUCGAUGUGCAAUCACAUCACAGCGUCAACUCGGUCGGUUCAGCGGCAGAUGUGGCCAAUCAUGCCUUCAACUCUGUCAUCUCCGGCAGCUUACGGGACAACAGUGUGAACUCGCCACUGUACAUGCCUCAUCCGCACCACAGCCUGUCGCCGUCGUUGAGCUACACAAAGAGUCCCAUCCCGACGAUUGUGGGCCACACGAAUAAUGUGAGCAAUGCCUACACCUGCAAUCCACCCUUCGUCCUCAAGACGACCCCCGAUGGCGGAAUGCUGGUGGCGAACGCCUCUCCGGCCACGCCCGGCGGAAAUGCCUCAUCCGGCUCCAGUGGAGCGAACAGCAGCCAAAGCAUCGUGCCCGGCUUGGGCGCCGUCAGCGGAAUCAGUGUGAUCACCUCGAUGGGCAGCAACAGCGGGGCGGCGGCGGGUGGCGAGGGCCCGCCCACGCCAACCCAGGAACUGGACUUGAGCGGCUCGGCGCUGGAGCAGCAACAGUUGGCCGCCGCAGCGGCAGCCGCGGCAGCGGCUAGUCUUCAGCUGCAAGCGGCGCAGCAGGCCCAGCAGCAGCGGAAAUUGGAUGGCACCUCGUCGGCCACGCUGAGCUCGCUGCAGAGCUGCGUGGGCUCCUCGGGGCAGGCGGCAAACCUGCGCGGCCCCGAGAUUUCGCCCAAGCUGGCCAAAUACUUCCGCGCCGACCUGAUUGCGCAUGUGACCAACUGGCAGGCGGAGGUGCUGGAGCGUCAGGCGCAGAAGUGCUGUGAGGAUACGCACCUUUUUGGCGACAUCACCUGCACGAGGAUAUGCGCCGAGCUGAAGUGCGCCCGCAGUCUGGUUCGCAGCACCGAGAUCAAUGCCACCCUGCAGGAACAAAAAAUUAUGUAUUUGCGCCAACAGAUCCGCCGCAUUGAGGAGUCGAAGACUCAGAACGCGUUCAUGUCGGACGAUACUUAGGAUCAGGAGCAGGUUAGGCUGCGCGUACAUCGCAAGCUGUCUGUCAGGCUCAAAAAGAGCUUCUUCUGGCGCAGCUGAUGAUGAUUGCGAUGAUAAUUGGUCCAUUGUGGCCGCCGCCAGCAGAUAGCCUUUGUCCUCGUUUCGCAGGCCCGGAUCAAGCCCCAAAUUAUUAGGGGCAUCUGGGAGGGAUUGAAUGAUGACGACGACUGGCGGGGCCCACGACAAUGACUGAGAAACCGCGUGCAUCCUGCUCCAUCCUCCUACUUCUCUCCUCUGGGCGACGCAUCACUCCCCACCACCACCACCAGCCCGCGAUUCACUUGUGUUCGGAUCGAGUUCCGGUCCCCAGCCGACCAUAUGGUGGCAGUAUAUUACUGGUUGGGCCGAUCAAAGGAACUUGGCACAAGACAAAUCAGGAUAAAUCAACCAACAGCUGCAACAAGAACUCCAACAAGAAACACAAAAACUAAAACAUAAUUUAUAAUUAGCAAAGCGUAAAUUAAACUUAAAUAAGCAUGAAGCAAGGCGGAGGAAGAGCCACGGAAAUAGCCACAAACACAGAAGUACACCACUCAAGAUAACUACAAAUGGAGAAUAGAGCCGAGAAAACCUAUCGAGAUCAAGAAGCAAUAUGGAUAAAGCCUCGUACCGAAUCGAAACGAAGGAAUGAAAACAAAAACAAAGCAAAAAACAAAAGAAAAUAUAAACAAACGAAAUAGGAUCAAGAACACCAGCAACAACACCAACAAAAAAAACAAGUCAACAUAGUAUACUCAACUGCAAUAAAAAGCUAAUUAAACUAUAUACAAAUUAUAUAUAAAUAUAUAUAUAAAUAAAGUAUAUGAAAGAUUGUAUAUUUACAACAACCGAACAUAAUUAUGUGUGAAAAUCAUGAUGAUAAAAUGAUUACGAUGACAACCAAAAUGCGAGUCAAGGCGAGCAGAAAGCACGCUUCUCGGGACGAGGAAAUCGACACUUUUAUAUAUAUAUUUAUUGUAUAUAUACAGGUUGGGCAUCCUACGACCCAACGCCGUUUUUAUUUAUUUCGAUUGUACGAUCGCAGAUGUUUGUUUACACGUUUGAUUAUUGGCUUACGAUCCUGCUUAUUGGCAUUCAUACGAUUCUAAUUUGUAGUUAUGCACCGGCCACACCCAAAAUUGCAAUUUAAUUAUUUUACAUACACCUAAUUAUUUGAUCCUCCGAUUGAGGAUUGCAGCAAGAUUUGUUUUAGCUAUAUUAUUUUGUAUGCCCUACACUUACGUCUUACCAAGUAUAUGACUAUAUAUUUUUUUAUUAUAUAUGCAUAUAUAAUUUAUUUGGCAGAAGCGACAAUUUUUUUGUUAUUUAAGCGAAGCGGCAGCGAGAGGAGCGCGGGAAAGAAGAACUAACACGUACAUAAGCGAACUUUUUAGUUUUUUUUUAAAUCUUAACUUGUCUAAAAACAACCAACAAACAAAUGAAAUGGAUCUGCAAUUAUGCAGAUUCGAAACAAAAAGAAAGCAAACAACAGUUUAAUAAUGAUAAUGCUAAUACCUAUUGUAGAUAUACAUAUAAAUAAUAUAUAAUAAAUAUAUUAGCUAAGCGUCGAAAACAAAAAAAAACCAACCGAAAAAUAGAAACUUUUAUUAUGAAUUAAUUAAAAAAUACAACAACAACAAAUCA